UAAUGUGUGUGUAUAACUUCAUAUCGAACGAAGCAGCAACGGAAUAAGCGAAAGCAAAAUUUCUGAAUUUAUAAAUGGAAAAAGUCUAGGAUUUUUGGCAAAUUAAAGUGAAAUUAUAUUAACAAACCCAAAAUUCCUGUAAAUCCGUUGUUGAAUUUAUAAAAGAAAGUGCAAAAAGGACUCGCCCAAAAUUUCGCAGUGCAAAAAAGGAAAUAAAGACUGCAGUACGAAAAAGUGUGAAGAAAUAGACGAGAGAAGCAGAAAAUAACCAACAACCCAGGGUGUAAAAAGUGAAAAUAUACAUUUACGUUUAAUAAAUAUCUGCAUAUCUUUUGAGAAACACAGUAAUAACAGCGUAAAAAAUGGGUAAUGAAACCUCUUUGCCCAUGGAGAUGUGCUCCAACUUUGAUGCCGAUGAGAUCAGACGUUUAGGCAAACGUUUCCGCAAACUCGAUUUAGAUAAUUCGGGUGCACUGAGCGUCGAUGAAUUCAUGUCACUACCUGAAUUGCAGCAAAAUCCGUUGGUGCAGCGCGUCAUCGAUAUUUUUGAUGCGGACGGUAAUGGUGAGGUCGAUUUCAAAGAGUUCAUACAAGGCGUCUCACAGUUCAGUGUCAAAGGCGAUAAAUUAUCAAAAUUGCGUUUCGCCUUCCGCAUCUACGACAUGGAUAAUGAUGGUUACAUAUCGAAUGGUGAACUUUUUCAAGUGUUAAAAAUGAUGGUGGGCAAUAAUCUGAAAGACACACAAUUACAGCAAAUUGUUGAUAAAACUAUUUGCUUUGCCGACAAAGAUGAGGAUGGUAAAAUCUCCUUCGACGAGUUUUGCUCCGUGGUCGGUAACACAGAUAUACACAAAAAAAUGGUUGUUGACGUUUAAGGUCGCUUUCUGAAGAACACUAUUAAUGCUACACUUUAUAUAAUACCAAUAUAUAUUUUAUAUAAAUUUAAACAUUUGUACUUUGGAAACUAUUUUAAAUUGUUCUUAUUAAUUGUUUUGUUAAAUCUCGAAAUAAUUGUAAACACACACACACACUUUAUUAUGCAUAUUAUUAUUUUGAACAUAGUUUGGUUUGGAAUCCUUUUUAAAGUUUCUUAAAGAAUAUUAUACCGUGCUUUAAAACAGUUGGCUCAAAAACCAAAAAUUAAGCUUUGUUAACAACAAAAACAAAAAUGUUAAUAAAUAUAGCAAUGAAGGCAUUAAAAAGAGCACCAUAUACAUAUAUAUAAAUAGAGUAUAAUUUUAAUUAAAAAUUCAUUAACUAAAGCAAAUCAUAGUGUAUACAGCAAAUAAAAGCAUUACAAACUUCUGGAAAAAAAAAACCCGUAAAAUGCGACACGAAAAUUUAACUUGAUAGGUUAUAAAAAAAAACUAAAACUGAGCAUAAUUACUUAUUUCUAAAUAUUAGUCAAACUUCAUAAGUUAAAAAGGGUUACGCUAACGAAAGGUUCAAUAACAUGAACAAGCACAUAUGCUACAACCAACAACAUACAUAUUGUAAUAAAUAACAUACAAACACACAUAUAUGUAUAAUGCAUGCAAAGACAAAAAAAAACAUUGUAUCGUCUAUUAAGUUGCACCAAGCGCAAUUGAAGUUAUGAGGAUGCUAAUAAAAAUGUGCAAUAUGUUAAACAUGUAAUUUAUUAGCGAAAUUUCAAUGAACCAAAUUUAUAAUUUAUGAUUAUUAAAACUAUUUAUGAUAUAUAAAACUGCAAUAGAUUUUGAAAUUGUUUUCGCACCUUUAGCCAACUCAUUUUACAAUACAUUUAUAUUUUUACAAAGCUAGCUAGUCAAAUACAUUUCUGUUAUUAGAAAGAAGAAAAUACUAAGUAACGUUUAAACUUGCAGUUGCAUAUAGGACAAAACACAUACAUCACAGCGCCACUAAGAAAUUCGGAACAAUUCAAUGAGUUAUAAAAAUUUUAAUAUUUUUAUUUUUUUUAUGCAACGUAAAUUACAAAUUUUGUUUUUGUUCAACAAUUUCUUUUUGUGCCAUGAUAAUAUUUGCAAAUUAGUUAUAUAUUUCAUUAAUUUAUUAAUGAUUAUAUAUUAUAUAAUAUAUUUCAUGAAUUUGUGUCAAACCUCGCACAGUGAACAGGAAGCUGCGUGUAUUUAAUUUGAUAAUAUUUGCGUAAAAUGCUUUACUUUUUUGCUUUAAAACAGUACUUUUAAAGUGUUAGAUUUUUAAUUCGUUUACUAAUUUUUUUGUUUUUGUAAUUUAAUUACCGUAAUAAUAUUGUUUAAAACAAUUUUCCGUAAUAUUAAAUAUUUUUUUUUUAUAUUUUCCGUUUAUUGUUUUGAAACCCACAUUAUUUGUUAACAAAUUCUGUAUGACCAUUAUGUGCUUUAUUGUUUUGUUAGCUAAAAAUAUAUUUGUAAAGAAAUUAGUUUCUUUUUCAAAUUGAUAAAACUUUAAAUUAUUAAAAAAUCAAUUCAUAGCAAAAGUGGAAAAAGCGAAGGCGAAGUUACGCAUUAAGCGUAAAAAAAAACGAAAAUAACACAAUCUCUUGCAAUAUUAUAUGAAUAUUAUAUAUAGAUAAUGAAAAAAAAAAAGAAUUUAAAAGCAAAUAAAAUACUUACUGAACAACAUCUUUUUAGCUUUUGUUAAGUACAUACAUACUUUGUAGCGAAUAUAUAAUUAAUAUAAGCGCUAAAAUGGCAAUUUGCAACAAGUCUUUUAUGGAGUUUAAUAGAAACACAAAAAACAAAAUACAAAAACAACAUGUAAGAAAUGUAAUUGCCAUAAUUUUUUCUUAAUGCAAAUGGAAUUAGAUAAAGAUAUAAUAAAUUGUAGCAAAAUAAACAAAUUUCUAAAACUAAGAUAUUAUCAACAAAAAAAACUAAAAUGUGAAAUUUUCAAAACCUGCAUGUUUUUAACAUAUAUAUUAUACAUAUGUAUAUCAUUCAGCGCCAUAUUACGUGUAUGACGUGUUCCGUUAUUUAUUUAUUUUUUUCCCUCUUGGUUUACCGGUAUAUACAUACAUAUAUGUAAAAGUAUAUGUUUAAUACGUUUUUAUAUAGGAAGCUUACUUGUUUCACGUGAACUUCGCAAAGGUCUGUCUCGUUUAAAUAAAGGCAAUACUACUUAAAUAAUACAAAUGUCCACCUUUCUUUAGUCUAUUAAGCAAAUAUAUAUGUAUGUAUUUAUUUCAUUUUGACAAAACUAUUUCUGCCUUAACAUCAUGAAUCUGAAAAUCAAACAAUAAAAUUUCACACCAAUCUUAAUGCUAAUUGCAACCUUUUAAGUGCGAGUGAUGGUAUAAACAAAUAUUUAAAACAAAAAAACAAAAACAACAAACAUAAUUAAUUAAUUAAUUAAAUAAAAAUGAAAGUAAUCUACGUAUAAAAUUAAACUUAAAACUGAAUUAUGCACAUUGUAAAAGUACACAUGAUAAUCUUUUUCUAAUGUACGUGGAAAAAGCACUUUAACUAUUAAUUAUUAAACAAAAAGCAAACAGAAAACUUAACAGAAAAUAAAAUAAUUUAAUUGAAAAGUUAGCAUUUAAGUACAUAAAUUCAAAAAGUCAUUGGAGCAGAUGGUUGUAAUGCAACGUAUUGGCACCAUAUACGCAAGGGCAAAGUAUUGGAAGCUGCUUUUGUUAUUAUAAUUAUAAUUUUUUUAUUGUUUUGCCGUGCAUAUGUACUAUACGUUGGUGAGCGUAAAACAAUGAUGUCUCUCAUGGUAGAACAUUGACUCAACACCCUCUAUAAAUAACUUUUGAACUUAUUUUAAAUUAAGCAUAAUUUAGUUCCAGCGCUCUCUUUAAUACUCUCCACCCACGUACCUUAUACAACGCACUCUCUUCUUUCUGUCCAUUCUCUUUUUACUAGUUUUCUCUUACUACCUCUCUUUCAUACUCCUUCUAUUUAAACAACUUUAACUAUCCCUCCCUAGCACUUGCCAAAAUCAAGAAAAAUUAUAAAUUUUGAAAUUUUUGCACUUUGCAAUUUUACAAGUUAACUAAAACUUUAAUAAAAACAAUUGUAAUCAUAAGUAUAUAUGUAUGACAACAGUAUAUAGAGUGCAGCAAAAUUGAGUUGGACAUAGGAAAGUCAUGACUUUGUAUUGUCUUAACAGAAAAUUUAAUAAAAUAUACGGAUAUGCUAUAUACAGAUUAUGGAAAA